AUGGACUUUCUCAAAUCCGCAGCCGCUUUUGCCAUCGCCAAAUCCAGCUCCUUCCCAGUCACCAUCGGAGAUCGUAUUGAUUUCGGAGACUCGAUUUGGAUCCUGCACAAUGCGACCAAGAAGGACGACAACUCGCCAUGCUGUCUCUUCAACUUCGACAUUCAGGCCAACAAGGCUCUAGUGCCCCUAGCCAAAAAUGCCGCCCGAAAACUGCGAACAAUUCGACACCCCGGUGUGAUACGGGUGAUCGACGUGAUCGAAAAUGACACAAACAUCUACAUCAUCACCGAGAAGGUGACCCCGUUGGCCUGGCACAUCAGGCGCAAGAGCUUGAGUGAAGAGACCAUAAAAUGGGGGUUGUACAGUGUUUCAUCCACCCUCAAGUUCAUCAACAACGAUGCCUCCUCUGUGCAUGGCGCGGUGCGCAUCAACUCAGUCUUCACAAGCGAGAGUGGCGAAUGGAAGCUGGGAGGGUUUGAGGUGCUGAGUUCCAUGAACGACGACGACGCGAUUAUCUACAGCUAUGGAAGUUCAUUGCCAAACUCGAAUGCUUAUGCUCCGCCCGAAGUGGUCAACGGCGGCUGGUCCGCUAUCAAGAAGAAUCCCCUGGGAGCUCCGGACGCAUACGGUCUCGGCACUCUCGUAUAUGAAGCAUUCAAUGGGGGUUUCAUGAGCAGCGACAGCCUAGCACAGCCGAAGAGUAUACCUACGAACAUGGUGCCGAGCUAUCGGCGACUGGUCAAUACUAAUCCGAAGCUGAGAUUGAAUGCUGGUCAAUUCGUCGAGCAAGGAAAGAAGGCUGGCGGCUUUUUCGAGACUCCUCUUAUUCACAUCACUGAAGGAGCGGAAAGUCUUGGGUUGAAGAAUGAGGAGGAACGAAAUGAAUUUUUGAAAGAACUCGACAGCCUCACGGACGACUUCCCAGAAGAUUUCUUCAAGAUGAAAAUAUUACCCGAGCUGCUCAAGUCGGUUGAAUUCGGUGGUGGCGGACCCAGCGUCUUUGGAGCCAUCAUGAAAAUCGGGUUGAAAAUGUCCGAUGAUGAAUUCGAAUCACGCCUUGGGCCGCUCAUUAUACGUCUUUUCAAUAGCCCCGACCGGGCCAUGAGAGUAUGCUUGUUGGAUAACCUACCCCUAAUGAUCGAUCGAAUACCUCAGAAGGAUAUAAAUGGCAAAAUCUGGCCUGCCAUGACAUCUGGUUUCACCGAUACAGCACCAGUCGUCAGGGAGCAGACGGUAAAAGCCGUCCUGUCCGUCAUCUCGAAAUUGUCAGACAGAAUCAUCAAUGGAGAGCUUCUCCGGUUCCUCGCCAAAACGGCCAACGAUGAUCAGCCUGGAAUUCGAACUAACACCACGAUAUGCCUCGGAAAGAUCGCUAGAAAUCUAGGGGUCGGGUCACGGUCAAAAGUACUCAUUGCUGCCUUCGGUCGUUCUCUGAGAGAUCCUUUCGUCCAUGCCCGAAGUGCGGCAUUGAUGGCACUCAGCGCAACCAUUGACGUUUUCAGUGACGAUGAUUGCGCUAUGAAAAUUUUGCCUGUCAUUUGUGUCAGCUUAGUCGACAAAGAAAAGGUCGUCCGGGAUCAAGCUGCCAAAGCAGUCGAAUCCUACAUGGCUAGAGUCCGCAAGUAUGCGUCAACUCUACCUGAAACAGCACUUCCACCAGAGCCUGGCCCUGGAGCUGUCAGUGCCACCACCCCAGCCAGGAUUGGAAACCAAAGUGAUACCAGUUGGGCUGGUUGGGCAAUUUCCUCGUUCACAAACAAAAUGGCAGGGGCCAGAGGCGAGAUGACUUCCACGGCGACAACGAACGGGACACCUUUGGCACAAACGCAAUCAAUGCCUGCUUCCGGGCGCAGCACACCCGCAAUCAAUGUUUUGCCCGACGCACCGACUGCCACCGCAUCAAGACUGCGAGCCUCGCAACCAGCGAAAAGUUUCAUACAAGCUAUUGAGCCGGAAGACGCCUGGGGGGAAGAAGACACGAUGGAUGCUUGGGGUACCGUGGAUGAUGAUGGAGAUAACUUCUUUGAUGCUUCGUCCUCGCAACGUACAAACACAACUACCCCUGAACCUGCGGCUGCGGUGGCGGCAGCCUUCGAUGACGGAGGCGAGCCAGAUUUUGCCGGCUGGCUAGCCGCGCAGUCCAAAUCAAAGUCGCAGAAACCACUCCCAAAGGGCUUGUCCAAACCGACUGCCACAGCGUCCACUUUGAACGUCCGUCCUGCUGGGCCAGCGAGAAGUAUCUCCGCAGGUGUUGGGACAGCCGGAAUCAAUGCCAAGAGACCGGUCAUUGCAAGCACGAGGACUGCAGCACCGGUAGCAGCAAAGAAAGAAAUCAAGAAAGACACGCCAAAGCCGAAAGAACCCGACGUCAAUGAUGAUGACUGGGGCGAGGCCUGGGAUUGA